UUUAUUUUAUAUUCAAUAGCUAAAAACUGUGCUGAGCUGUACAAAUCCGGUCGAAGGAUCAGCGGUGUUUACACAAUCGACCCAGAUGGUUUAGGCGCCUUCAAUGUAUAUUGUGACCAUACAACAGCUGGUGGGGGAUGGACAGUGAUCCAGAAGAGAGUGGAUGGCUCCGUUGAUUUUAACCGCACCUGGAAUGAAUACAAACAUGGCUUCGGUAACUUGGUCGGUGAAUUUUGGCUCGGACUGGAUAAGAUAAACCGUCUCACAAGAAACAAGACAAAAAACAAGCUUCGAGUAGAUCUGGGAGUAAAAAAUGUGAAAACUGUUCACCCUGAGUAUAGCUGGUUUGGCAUUGGGAACGAGACAGCUGAGUACCAGCUGUACAUUGGCAAUUUUAUAAGUAAGUGACCCGUUUUCUUAGCAUUCAUUGUUCAAUUCUCAUAUAUUACUUCUCUCUCACCUAAAUCUUAAAAUCAAUUUUACUCCACUAUGUCAAAUAGCGGUUUUAUCAAAUGGCAAGGUACUCCUGAGGUAAACCUGAACGUUCUGAUUGGUUCUUACUCGGUCGGGAUUUUGGUCAGAGUGCCACAUAAUAAACUAUUUACUAAUCAUAUUUUUUCAAUUUUUUUAAAAUUCUUUUUAUUUCCCCUUUUUUUUCUCUUUUUUUGGCGGAAAAUGACAAAGUUAAAGCUAUGAUGGUAUUUUAAGAAUCCUAGAAUUACGCGAAUUUCUUUUGUUCUGUUUCAAAACAGAUGCCACUGUUUCCCAUGAUUCCCUAAGUCAUCACGGAGAUUCCGUUUUCGGUACCUGGGAUAGGGAUCCCGCUGGUUGUACUCAAAAAAGAGGUGGAGGCUGGUGGUAUGGCAACAGCAGCAAAUGUUUUGUUUUGUCAAAUCUCAAUGGUAUUUAUCCGCGUUGUGGAUAUAAAACCUGGGCCGGUAUUCACUGGGGAGGAUUAGUUCUUACCAGUGCCGCGAUCAGCGCUCCAACAUCAACUGAAAUGAAAAUUAGACCAGUGGAAUUUACGCGCGAGGCCUAA